AGAUGGGUAAUCCCACAUGUUAUGAAUGACAAGAACUUUGUGUGAUGUAUGGAGCAACCGAAGGGCGGUGUAAACCCUUUAUAUAAUGAGUCAGUCCUAAGGUGUUGAGAAGGAUCUUGCUUGAUGGGCGGUUAUGUCAGCUUAGCUCGUCCAUGUUAAUGACAGAAACGUCAUACUUGUCCACAAGACCAUGGCUAGCCUCUGAAACAGUUGUGUUUUUUUUAUAUCUAAAAAGUGAAAUACUUCUUUCUGGAUUUAUGAUAUAUAGUAUUUAUUUAUUAUUUCUGUUACAACAUUAGUUUGUUGACUUUAUACUUUGACAAUGUUGACUUCCUCCGUAUCAUCACAAUUCAUCCAUCCGGAUUAUUUACAACCUCUUCCAACAACGUUGGAUGCCAAGAAAAGUCCUCUUGCUCUCCUUGCACAGACAUGUAGCAGUAUUGGGAAAGACACGGCAACAUCUUCAAAACCUAUUAUUCCGCCGUUAAAGAAGGAAACAAAUACCGAAAAACAUUCUGAAAAAGUGAAUAUGGAUAAAUCAAAACAUAAUGAGAUCAAAGAAAAAGACAUUGAUAGUUUAGAGAAACCUGGGUUUCGUACGGUGUCUCAUAAGGAUAUGCCUCCACUUAUUCCUACUUCAAAACCAAAAGAAGAAAAACCGACCUCUCCUCUAUCAUUAAAAACUUUACCAAGAUCAAAAGAACUUACUUCAACAGCGUCGAGUACUCUUUCCUCUCACGCAGAUCACCAUUUUUCAAGAUCUAAUGUAUCAAGGAGUCCUGGUCAACACCACUCUCCUCAUAACGAGGACGAAAAACGGCAAGUGUCAUCAGCUUCACCUAGAUACGAAUCUCGUUCCAGUCGUGAACCAGAUGAACAUAAACCUUCUAGUUACCCAAGUUAUUCUGCUUAUCCUUCAAUAUCAAAUUCAUUUUUAUCAUAUUCACAUGCUUCUGGAUUAACUCAUGAUAGUGUGUCUGGACUGACAGGAUUUCCACUUCCACUUCCGGCACAUAGUAGCAUGUUUGGAUCAUCUUCUGCAGCAGCAGCGGCACUUGCAGCUCAAUCUGCUGCGUACGCAGCACAAUCGUCUGCUCUGAAAUCCGCAGCAAUGGCAUCAAGUUUAUCUCCUUUUGUAUCUUAUGCAAGGGUGCGUACUCCAUCAGGUGCCACAACUCUAGUUCCGGUGUGCAGGGAUCCUUAUUGUAAUCACUGCCAGCUGACUGUCCAGAACUCUCACUUAUCCGCUACAUGUACAGCGGUAGGAUGUGCUCAGUGUGCGCAUGAAAAGUCACUCCAUAAUCUUAGCUUAGGACUACAAGGAUCUUCGUUUAAUCCAUAUUCUUCAUCAAGCUUAUUAGCAGGACAAUCAAACUUAAGUGGGUAUCCUUUGUCAUCACUGUACCUACCGGGUCAUCUAACGUCACCUGCUCAUUCAGGACUACCUUUAGUCUGUAAUUGGGUGUCGUCUGGCAAUGAACAUUGUGGAAAGCGUUUUAGUUCUUCUGAAGAACUCCUACAACAUUUAAGAACUCAUACGACAUCUUCCGACCCCAUGUCGUUAGCAGCAGCUUAUGAACGUUAUGGCCUUCCUCCUCCAGGUCUCCAUUCUUUAUCUGGAUUACACGGCCAUUCUUUACAAUCCGGCUCACUGAGUCCAAACUCUCUGAGAAGAAGUUAUCCAACUAGUUUAAGUCCACUUAGUUCUUUGAUGGGAUCGGGUAGAUAUCACCCAUACAAAUCGCUCAUGAAUCCAUCGGCGGCAUUGCCUAGCAAUCAGCCUCUUCCACAAGUAGGGCCAUAUUUGUCUCCGUACUCCUUAUAUGGACAGAGGAUAGGCGCAGCUGCUGUGCCAUAAAAUAGACUUAAAGUCAAAAAUAUAAAUAUAGUGCUGUUCUUUUUUCAAUGUGAUAAUUUUAUUACGACUUGUAGUGUUGAUAUUUAUAUGUAUAAACUGUCUAUUCCGAUAAAAACUGUUGACAAUAUUAGGAUUUUAUUAUGAAAUGUUCAAGAAAUUUUAGAUAUGUAUAAAAUCAGAUAAGAGAAAUCUAAGAUGUGUAUAAAAACAGAUCAGAUAACUUAUUUGAAAAAAAUCCUUUUUCAAUUUCGUUUGCUGUGUUAAUGUUUUUUCCAUGACACAAGUUGAAUAUUUAAUGGAUCAGAUUGACAUAUUAUUUACAAUUUACAACACAUCACCUCUUGUGUGUAUUGGGAGGCUAAACAGAAUACACAUCCGAUGACUAAUGUAAUUUAUAUUGUUGAAUUAAACUAUCAAUCAAGUUCCUCAGUCCUUUUUAUACUACCUAUUGAUGUAGACAGAAACGACUGAUUAUGACAGUGAUAUAUAAGAUGCCAUAAAUAAAUAAAAUAUUAAAUUAUA